AUGGUCAACGAGAAUUCUCAGGACGAGGCGCAGAAUAUCAUUGAGGAAGUCCCUCAUCAUGCUCUUUCCGCCUGGUGGUGGCUCGCAAGCACUGCGUAUCCUCUUGUAGCCGGCACUCUAGGACCCAUGGCCAGCGCGUUCAGCAUAUGCUCUUUGUCCCAGGAAUGGAGUAUGGAGUCCGAGGCGGGCAACGGACAGAUCAGGGGCAUCGGGGAUCCGGAUUGGGUCAUUGUGGUCAAUGCGAUAUCACUUGGCUGCGCCAUUAUUUCGAAUUUUGUCCUUUUGUGGGGAAUGGCGCGGCGCAUCGCGUUCUCUAUUGCGCAGCCUAUAAUCAUAAUUGGCUGGUAUAUUUCAUCCCUGCUCUUGACCUGCCUGCUGUGUAUUUUUGCAGCAUCGAAAGUACAAACCGGCUCGGAUAGCGGUAGGCGUCGGUGGCUCACUGGAUCCUACUAUUAUGGGGCUUUUGCAGCAGGGCUAUACUUUGUGCUCUCUUCCCUUCUCCUGAUUACCGUCUACGGGGCCUACCGGGGCCACUACAGCCGCGAAUUUCGACUGACGACCAGCCAGCGGAGUCUGAUGCUGCAAACGAUUCUCUUCCUUAUCUAUCUCUUCGGCGGAGCCGCCGUGUACGCAAGGAUCGAAGGCUGGAGAUAUCUCGAUGCUGUGUAUUGGGCGGAUUUUACCCUCCUGACUAUUGGUAUUGGUGACUUUGCACCCAAGACGCAUAAAGGUCGGGGGCUUUUGUUCCCGUACGCCGUUGGAGGUAUUCUGAUUUUGGGGUUGAUCGUGGGCUCCAUCCGCGCGCAGAUGCUCGAGAAGGGACGGCAGAAGAUGGCGGAAACUGUGACAGAAAGGACACGCCGGUUCCUCGUACGCGGAGCGGUAUCUGACCAUCAACGCCUACGCGAUGUGGUCCCACGCUUGCAGCCGGAAGGGGAUGAGAGCGACCGAGACCGACAACGGCGGGAGUUUCAGUUCAUGCGACGUGUGCGGCAGAUUGCCACGAUCGAGCGAAAAUGGAUCUCGCUCGCCACGUCGUUGACCGUGUGGACGAUGCUCUGGUUCCUGGGUGCGAUCGCCUUUUGGCUCCCAGGACAGAAUGAAAAGUUGACGUAUUUUGAGGCGCUGUAUUUUGCCUACACAACUUUGUUCACUAUCGGUUAUGGCGACUUUCACGCUACUUCCGAAUGGGAACGGUCAUUUUUUGUUUUUUGGACGUUGCUCGCUGUUCCGACGGUGACGGUGCUCAUUGCCAACGUUGGUGACACGAUGGUGCGGACGAUCCGCGAUUCCACCAUCUACCUUGGGGAGCUGACCAUUCUGCCUGGGGAUAAACCAAUCCGGGAAUUGAUCAAAGAUAUGUCUCGCCUUUCGUGGAAGGAGAGAUUUCUUACCGAGGCUGUCGCGGACAAGAAGCCUGACGAGGAGGACGUUGAGGAGGCUGCCACUGCUGCCGCCACGGCAGCCGAGAAUGGAGAUCAGGGUGACCAGGGAGAAGAGGAGGAGCGCAACGCGAUUGAGGCGGACGAACACAAGAAAGAAGAAUCGGCUCGAGCACGGGGGGAUGUCACUGCGGAAACAAUCCAUCACCACCACUACCUGUUAUUCCGGGAAGUACGGAGGAUGAUGGACUACGCCACGCGCAAUUUGCACAAGGAAUUCGAUUACCAAGAGUGGGAGUAUUUCCUUAGUCUCAUAGCCAGCGAAGGAGGUGAAACAGAGGGAGAGGAAGGGAAUGCGAAAUGGGAAUGGACUGGUUACAAGAGUCCGUUACUAGGACAGAAAACGGAGGUGCAAUGGUUGCUGGAGGCGCUAACCGAAGCGCUGGAGAGGGAGUUGAGAAAGGCUAGCCGGGGAUAUCACUCGCCUGAGCAGAGCGAAUCUGAACAAUAA